AUGGACGACUAUGGGCUUGUUUCGAGCAGCCCGCCAUGGAAAUGGGUCGUCGAAAAGCCUUGUUUUGUUUCUUGGAACAGCAAAGAGGAGGGACCAGUAUGUCUAGGUCAACUAUCACCACUGAACUCGACAUCCAGGUUGACCAUUAACAUCGGAUGGCGGGCCGAUGAGCUGUUGAUAGCUUUACAUCUACCAGUAUCAAUACGCGCUUCGAAACAUCCUCGCGACAUGUUCAUGAUCAUCCCCUGCGAUUUUGACACUUCCGCCCUCGAUAUGACAUUUACACCUAUACAGGCAUAUGGACGAGUCGAUCUGGAGAGUGCUGGUCUUGCUGACUGUAACUUGUUUCAUCUCUCCUUCAGACUCGCCAUGCCUUGCGAUGUUAUCAUGCCUCGAGCCAAGCGUCAGAAGCCUGUCAAAGGCACACCGAAAGAGUUGAUGUCAAGGCUCAAGUCAUUAUCUGAGACGACCUCCUUCGAUAUAUACUUCAGGUUCGAUACCUUUGCACAACUCGAGCUGCGGAAAAUCUUUGCUUCAAACUCGAUGAAGCGACUCAACACACCUACUCUGCUGCUUGACAGCAUGUAUGAUGGCCGUGGAGGCGGAGUCAACCUCUGGCUCAAUCAAGGUCUAGAUCUCGAAUCCGAGGAUAAAAGAUGCCACUCCCAUCCCGAAUCACCUCAGAACCUCCUGCCCCCUCCCCCUUAUACUCGGGAUACAAUGCCCUCUCUCGACCUUAACAAACCUCCCGAGCCCCUUGAGCCCCUUGUAGAGGUUGAAGUGCCUUUCAGUGAUGUUAGUGUUGCUUCUUUGCCCAUACACAAGGAAAGUGAUGGUGAAGGCGUGCCUGAGACGCCGUUCUGGGUCCGUAUGCGUCGUAUUUUGGACUAUCGAUCCCCGAGCGUCGAGCACUCAAGCAGAGCCCAUUUCAAGCGUGCUGCAAGUGUUGACUCGUUGCCUGAUAGCAAUUUGAGACGGAAGCAGGUACGGACCGGCCGCUCGCCUUCACUCGGACCUCCGGUUCAUGAGGCUUCUGCUCCUGUUCUCGCUGGGCUUGGUAGCGAGUCGACUGUUGCGCGCCGCGAGUUAAUAUCCCAGGACAAAAAGACUAAUCACAAUGCGUCGCCAUCGCUUGCCCCUGCGAUCCAUGAAACUUCUGGUCCUGCUUGCGUGGCAGUCGAGACAGCGAGAAUCACUACGCAGCAAGGAGCAGGUUCACCCCCGGCCAGGACCGAAGAGAUCGCAACCUGGUUGUUUGGUGCUUGGAGUGUCCUACCAUCUGCACAUCACGACCUUCGCGACCAAUUGCUCGCUUUCGGCGCCGCUUCAGAAGAGCUAUUUGCACAAGCUCGAGUCGAGUGCACGACUCGGUUAGCCUUUGCCGCUGCACGGGCUCCCAAACUACAAGACACAGCGACCUGCACUACAGAUGUGGCCGAUGCAGAAGAGCAAGUCAGAGAGGUUGUGCAGUGGAUCAACAAUGUCAAGCCUGAUGCCGAUAUUUCGAUUUUGCACGACCUUGUCGUUUUGGCCCAGACUGCAAUGAAGGUCGUGGACUCCGAUCCAGACUCGAAAGCUGAGAAGAUGAAUGAGUUUUUGAUGUGCAAGGCAAGGUGUAUUGCUCACGCUUGCGUCUUGGAAGCUAGCGCUGCGACGGGUUAA